GUAAGCGAUGUGUUGUCAAUUUCUGUACAGGUGUUGCUACAAGAAGUAGCCGUGUCGACUUUCGGACGGUCUGUACGGGUGAAAGCUGGAUUUUCUCUAGUUUGACGGGACGUUUUGUAAAAUGAAAUGAUUAAUUUGUGUCCUGUAAACAUCUAACGGAGAUAAGGCAGUGUGGAUUCUGUUGUGGUGCCGUUGAAUCCUGUGACGUUUAUCUUUUUAUGUUGUGUGACAGUGAGCAAGUGAAUCGUUUUUUUUUAAUUUGAGUAGUUUAAUUGUGUAGUCGCGAGUGUGGCAUUGAAAUUUUAAAGAAGCAGACUAAACAGCCGGCAAGACCUAACAGCGGGAACUAGCGGAGAAUUACAAUCAGAUGUGGUACAUCAUAGACCAGGAAAUCAUAUAAUUCUUCAAGACCAACACAUACAACAACCAUACAAAAAUUACGUAUCCAAGCCAACUACAAGACUGAAUUUUCAAAAAAAAUCCUAAAAAGCAUACACACAUGUAUCACCUUAACAACGCAUCAUGUUGAAAUAUUCAAAACAGGAUCAGCAACACAAAUCCAGGUCAAAUUCAGGUGGAAAUUCCAGUAAAACCACAACUGGCAAAAAGACGAUCAGGUGAAACCUACGUCAUCCAAUAAAACACAAAUCCAAUUGUAAUAUGGAAUUGGGGAAGUCUAGCGCAUCAACUUGUAGAAAUACUCCAUGAACAUCUCAACACAUGACUAUUAUUAGUACUGAGAUAUUUGAAGCACAAUCGCCGGCACUCUUGGAUAAUUAACGUGGAAUUGAAUAUAAUAGACACUUGCACUCUUCUAUUGUUGUCGAAUGUACACAGAAUGAAAAGAUCCAUAAAAUCCAUAAAAGAUACUGAAUGUAUAGUAAGAAAAUAUUUCGACAAAUGGAAAAAUUAAUUGAAUUAUAUUUUCCCUAAAAGUUGAUAACAAGAUUCUAUGAAUGCGCGCGAGAGAUUACUAGUGAAUAUUUUUCAAAAAGAGCUUAGUAAUUUUUUUAUUUCGUGUUUGUUUAUCUGCUUGAUUAAUUCCAUUAUUUGUGCAUUAUUAUUUUUCUAUAAUUUUUAUUCAAAUAUUUCGUUUGAAUCUAUAACGCUUGAAACGUCCGUGUUCAAUCAUAAUGACCACAUUAAGUUUUUCGCGAAUGUUUCGCGGUAAAAUUCGUUCGAAUACAUGUCGUAUUAUUAUUCUGACCUCAUUAGUUUGGGUCGUUGUUGAUAUAAUUUUAAUUGCCCGAUAUUCGGAAUGUAUUGGACCAGAUGGAUGGAGAUGUAAAAGACCUGGAGAAUAUGAUGUCGAGAUUCCUAAUAAAGAGCGAUUGGUGAAAGAAGACGAAGAUCCAAUUGUGGACGACAAUGAAAUCGAUACAGGGAAAUCAUUGGAUGGCGGUGUAACAAUACCGCGUACAUAUCGUAGUGUAUUAUUAAAGAAAUGGCAACCAGCUCCCGUUGUGAGGGAAGCUCGUGGAAAGCCCGGAGAGAUGGGCAAACCUGUUAAAAUUCCUGCUGAAAUGCAGGAGUUAAUGAAGGAGAAAUUCAAAGAAAAUCAAUUCAAUCUUCUGGCUAGUGAUAUGAUCUCGUUGAAUAGGUCACUUGUCGAUGUGCGGCACGAGGGUUGUAAAACAAAACAAUAUGCGGCAAAACUGCCAACUACAUCAAUUGUAAUAGUAUUUCACAAUGAAGCCUGGACAACGCUUUUGCGUACAGUGUGGAGUGUUAUCAAUAGAUCCCCACGUCCUUUGCUGAAAGAAAUUAUUUUAGUUGAUGAUGCAAGUGAAAAAGAUCAUCUUGGCAGAAAAUUGGAUGAUUAUGUUGCAACAUUGCCAGUUAAGACAUUCGUUUUGCGAUCGGAAAAACGAUCAGGACUUAUACGUGCACGGCUUCUAGGUGCUAAGCAUGUUACGGGUGAAGUUAUAACAUUUUUGGAUGCGCAUUGUGAGUGCACAGAAGGGUGGCUGGAACCACUUUUAGCGAGAAUUGUACAAGAUCGACGAACAGUUGUGUGUCCGAUAAUAGACGUUAUUUCAGACGAAACAUUCGAAUAUGUGACGGCAUCAGAUCAAACUUGGGGCGGAUUUAAUUGGAAAUUGAAUUUCAGAUGGUAUCGAGUACCCCAACGAGAAAUGGAACGCCGAAACCAUGAUCGAACUGCACCACUUCGGACUCCAACGAUGGCGGGAGGACUGUUCUCCAUUGAUAAACAGUAUUUCUAUGAAAUCGGAUCAUAUGAUGAAGGCAUGGAUAUUUGGGGUGGUGAGAAUUUAGAGAUGUCAUUCAGGAUUUGGAUGUGUGGCGGUACAUUAGAAAUAAAUCCAUGUUCGCGUGUCGGUCAUGUGUUUCGUAAGUCAACGCCGUACACCUUUCCUGGCGGCACCACUGAAAUUGUUAAUCAUAAUAAUGCGCGACUGGUUGAAGUGUGGCUCGACGAUUGGAAAGAAUUUUACUACAGUUUUUAUCCAGGUGCUCGAAAAGCUCAGGCCGGUGACGUCAGCGAAAGAAGAGCAUUACGGGAACGACUGAAAUGUAAAAGUUUCCGUUGGUAUUUAGAGAAUAUCUAUCCAGAAAGUUUAAUGCCAUUGGAUUAUUUCUACCUUGGGGAGAUUCGAAAUUCAGAAACACAAUCAUGCUUGGAUACGAUGGGUAGAAAAUAUGGAGAGAAGAUUGGCGUCAGUUAUUGUCAUGGUCUAGGAGGAAAUCAAGUAUUCGCUUACACCAAACGCCAUCAAAUUAUGUCAGAUGACCUUUGUUUGGAUGCGUCAAGUUCCCAUGGACCAGUGAAUAUGGUUCGAUGCCAUAAUAUGGGUGGAAAUCAGGAAUGGGUAUAUGAUGACGAGGAUAAAACCAUUCGACAUACAAAUACGGGUAACUGUCUAACUCGGCCAUCACGUGAUGAUCCAACGACACCAUUGUUACGUGCAUGUGACUACUCUCGAGGGCAGCAAUGGCUUAUGGAAUCAAAGUUUAAGUGGCAAGCUCACUAGCACCAUUUCACACAAAUAGUAUACUAACAAAUUAUCAUUUAUUUGAAGAUAAAGCAAAUUGAAAAAUGGAUUGGCUCAGAAGCCAUUUGAAGGAUGACAAGAAAUUUUAUUGAAGAAUUAACUUAAAGACAUUGUCCCGAAUUCCAGUUUAUAAAUGAAUUUUGUGAAAUCUGAAAAAAAUGGAAGAUUGGCGAUAUUUUGAAACAGAUUUAGGAAAGGAUAAUGAGGUCGGUGAAAAGUUUUUAGUGUUUCUAAUUUUCUUUGAGAAAUCAUAUCAAAAAGAGUCGCUUUAAUCAUAGCGACAAGUUUGCUUUGCAAUUAUCCUCAAUCUCAUCUUGUAAUGAAGAAGACUAAAAAAUAGACGUGUCAUACAAAUACGGAAAUGAAUCAAAAACUUGAUAGUCCCUUAUGCUGUGAUUUCAUAUUUCUGCGUUUGGUUUCAUUCUUUUUGAUCGUAUUCAUUUCGAUUUAGAAAAAAGUAUUAGACAACGAAUUAUUUCUUGUAAGUAUGCAUACCAUGAAAACCAUAUUAUGAAAACAGAUACUUUCUUUUAAUACUAAUAUAACGCCCACUUAUUUAGUUGCUUUAUAUGGUUUAGACUGCGAAUCAUCUUGAUAUAUGUGCACAAAAUGGCAGUUCAAUAGAGGUUGUGAAGUUUGGUGCGAUCGCACUGAUAUUUAGCAAACAAAUGUGUCGCACUUCCUUCAGCAUAAGUCUUUGAUAUAUUCAGUUUAUUCCAUAAACUAAUACAUCCGCGUCCUGAAUUUAUUUUCUGAAAUAAAUCUUACUAUUAAAAACACUUUCUCCAAUCAAGAGUACAUAUUCAUUUUUAUAUAAAAUCGAUAAAUAUCUUCCAAACAAAAAAAAAAUAUUUCAACUAAUAUCGUCACUUUUUUGAAUCAAAGUCAUCCAAACUUCCGAAGACAUGUCUGUAACGUGAUUGAGUGAAGUAAACUAAUUAGAAAAUCAGAAUGUAUAAGAAAUUUAUUCAAUUCCUUCAGAUUAAUUCCAUUAAAUGACCUUUCCGGGUUGUAUCUCAGAUACAAACUGUUUAUCAUAUGUUUGUAAAGUUGUGAGAAAUAUUGAAAUUCAUUGUCCAGAACUUUCCGAAGACUUAAUAAUUGAAACUGGUGCUAAAUAAUGUUAGUAAUUUGUAAAUGAUUUUCAGUAUUAAACUCAGUAAUGGAUACAAUAGCGACUCCCUUUUCUACGUUACUGCUAAUCAAAGCAAAUAGAUCCUAAUUCUACUUUAUAAAAAGACACUAAUGAUAUUCAGCAUUUCUCAUAGCUUUCAGUUGCAGAAAACUUCUAACUUAGGCUCUAUCAAAUGGAACAUAAACUUGAUAUUUAAUCAAAUCUAAGUAAAAAGUAAAGAUUCUGGGAAUAAUCGUAUGCGUCAACAUUUUAAAUGAGAAUGAGUUAUAAGAAAGUAUUUAUUUCAUCAAAUAUUAGCGAGUAGUUAAAUGAAGUCGAGUGAAAGUAAGUAUUUUCCAAAUUUAUUGUCUCUUAUAUGGACGGCAAUAAAAAUAUAAUAAAAUUAUAUUCUUCCUUUUUUCGUUUUUCAUAAGUGCAUAUCAGUUUUUGGUGCAAUGAAAUAUAUGCAAGAAUAUAUAUAUAAAAAGAAACAAAAUAGAACCUGUACAUACAAUUUAAACAGAAUAAAACGUUCUGGUUUGAUAAUUCCUUUUGUAUAUUAUGAGAAUAUAGAACUGUAAGGAGAAUACAAUAAUAUUUUAUAAAGUUGAAACUCGUUUUGUAUUUCCAUUACUGCCACCCACAUGACUACAUGCAGAAUAAAUUGACUACAUUAUUCUGGUUGCAAAUGGCAGCGUUGAACGCUUUUCUUCAUAAUUGUGAAUCUAUUCAUGCAUUUGUUGUGCCCCAUCACGUCUUUAACAAACAUGAGGGAUAAGAUUUAUCCUUAAAAAUAUUUGUUUGCCGACAUUAACUGCUCCAAUUUUUAUCUUAUAUCGGACAUCAGUUCAGCAGAUAGUUGGACUCGUUGAAAGUUGUAUCAUUCAAAUGAUAUAUUUUCAUCGUAUUGGAGAGUUGCAUAUUAUUCAACGUCGUCCGACCUCAAAGACCAACGGGAAGCAUUCCAUGCCCACACAUUUGACACUCCACUUUUCCAAAAGUGACACUUUCGGUACAAAAUAAAAUGUCAAUUUCAUAAAAAAUAUUCCUACGUCUGAAACCACCAAUUGUCAUUAGGGUCUUG